UUCUCCCUCCCACUGCCCGCAUCUUCCGCCGCGUCUCCCGUGACCCGUCAUCCUUGUGCCCAGAGCCAUCCAGGCCCCAGCCAUGGCAUCUUCCGCGUUUGCCGGUCGCUCCGCCGUCGCCGCCGCGUGCUGCGCCUCGACUGCCGGCUCCAGAUCUGCCGCCAUGUCGUCGUCGCGCUCCGCCGGCAUGGGUCGCCGCGUCGCCUCGGUGCUUCCCCGCUUCGCCGCCGCGGCGGGGAUCGCGGCGGCGUCCACGCGCGCUUCCCCUGCGCGCGCAUCCGCUGCGCCAGCGGGCGGAAAGACGGCGGUGGCGACAGCGGAGGCGCCGGCGGCGCUGGGGCCGUACAGCCAGGCCAUCCAGGCGAACGGCACGCUCUACGUGUCGGGCGUGCUGGGACUCGUGCCCGAGACCAUGAAGUUCGCUGGGGAGACAGUGGAGGAACAGACAGAGCAGCUGAUGAAGAACAUGGGUGCUAUUCUGCGUGCUGGGGGAGCAGACUUUGACUCUGUUGUCAAGACCACCAUCAUGCUUGCGGACCUUGCGGAUUUCGGGACUGUGAAUAAGAUCUACGCCACAUACUUCCCUGCACCAGCCCCUGCGCGCUCAACCUACCAGGUGGCAGCCCUGCCGCUGAAUGCGCGCAUUGAGAUCGAGUGCAUUGCACUCAUCAAGAAAUAGGCCACCACUGCACACAAGGCCAUCGCUCUCAUCAAGAGCAUAGGCACGGAAUUGCUCUGGCCUUGCUAGCAAGGGUAUGGGGAAAGACCUUGCCAUUGCCACUGCACAUAUUAUGCCUGACCCAGGGUGUGGAGAGGGGGGGGGAGGAGGAUACCAUGCCAAAUGGAUUGCGCAUGUUAUCUAUUUCCUAUGGUAUGCUGAUUGCUUGCUGCGCUCCUAGUGAUCCACUUCGUGCUUGUUUCACUGAUGCCAUUGCUAGUAACUACACAAUGCACAUGUG